UUAGUGGCAAACUCGUUGUUUUCCCUCGUUCUUGCCGGUGGUUGCCGCCUUUCCUCCGCCGUCCGCCGCCCGCCGCCCUGACCUGAAACAAAUCUACACCCAAUGAACCCUUUUGUUUGUUGCAUGCAUCUAAAUUAUUGCUGAAGGAAAAGGUAGCGUUUUAUCUUCAAGAAAGUAAAUGGCUACGGUUUCGGAUAUCACUGUGUCUGCCGCCAUUAACAGUCUAUCCGCAUUAAUAUUUCUUGUGGCAUUUGCAAUCUUGCGUCUUCAACCCAUCAACGAUCGAGUUUACUUCCCAAAAUGGUAUCUCAAAGGCAUACGAGAAACUCCAAGCACUUCGGGACCUUUUGUAAAGAAGUUCGUUAAUCUAGAUUUCAGAAUGUAUCUAAGAUUCUUGAAUUGGGUGCCUGCUGCUUUACGAAUGCCAGAACCUGAGCUUAUAGAUCAUGCUGGCCUUGAUUCUGCUGUCUACAUUCGAAUCUAUCUUCUUGGCUUGAAGAUAUUUGUUCCUAUUGCUCUACUUGCUUUUGCUGUGUUGUUACCCGUCAAUUAUACUGGCGAAAAUUUCAAGAUAGUGAGCCUUAAUAUGAAAGAUAUAACAUUUGGUGAGAUCGACAAGUUUUCGAUAUCCAAUGUCCCGGCUGCAUCAAAAAGGUUAAUUGCACAUAUAGCAAUGGCGUAUGUCUUCACAUUUUGGACAUGCUACGUUCUUUAUAAGGAAUACAAAAUUGUAACUGACAUGAGGUUGCAUUUCCUUGCUUCUGAAAACCGUCGUCCGGAUCAAUUUACGGUUCUCGUGAGAAACGUCCCCCCAGAUCCUGAUGAAUCCGUUAGUGACCAUGUUGACCAUUUCUUUCGUGUCAAUCACCCUGAUCAAUAUCUUUCACAUCAGGUGGUGUAUAAUGCAAAUAAGCUAGCGAAAAUGGUGGCUCAGAAGAAGCAUUUGCAUAAUCGGCUGAUCUACUACACCAAUAAGCACGAGAGAAACCCCGAUAAAAGGCCAACCACGAAGACAGGUUUUUGGGGUCUUUGGGGAAAGAAGAUCGAUGCAAUUAAGUACUAUACCGAUGAAAUCGAUAAGUUGAGCACAGAAGAAGUCGAAGAACGAGAAAGGGUAAUCGGUGACCCAAAAGCUGUAGUCCCAGCUGCGUUUGUUUCAUUCAGAUCACGGUGGGGUGCAGCCGUUUGUGCUCAAACACAACAAACACGGAACCCGACUCGUUGGCUCACGGAUUGGGCUCCAGAACCACGGGACGUUUAUUGGGACAACUUAGCCAUACCGUUCGUGGAACUCAACGUGCGAAGAUUGCUCAUGGCUGGUGCUCUUUUCGGUCUUACUUUCUGUUUCAUAGUCCCGAUCGCACUUGUUCAAACCCUGGCCAACAUUGAAUCAAUCGAGAAAGUUGUUCCCUUUUUGAAACCCCUUAUCAAUAAGAGAUCUAUCAAAUCCGUCAUUCAAGGGUUUCUUCCUGGGAUCGUGUUGAAGCUCUUCCUCAUCAUUCUCCCGAUGAUUCUAAUGGCAAUGUCGAAAAUCGAAGGCUUCACGGCACUCUCGGCUUUGGAAGCAAGAUCCGCGGGAAAAUUUCAUCUUUUUUUGCUCGUGAACGUGUUUUUCGGAAGCAUUAUAGCCGGAACCGCUCUUGAGCAACUUAAAGAGUUCUUGAAUCAGUCACCAUCUGAGAUUCCUAAAACCGUCGGUGUGUCGAUUCCUAUGAAAGCAACGUUCUUCAUCACGUACAUAAUGGUCGAUGGUUGGGCGGGUAUCGCUGCGGAGAUCUUGAGACUGGUUCCGUUGGUUAUGUAUCACUUGAAGAACAUUUUCUUGGUGAAAACCGAAAAGGAUAGAGAGGAGGCCAUGGAUCCCGGUUCGCUGCUUUGGCCCGUAACGGAGCCUCGUAUGCAGUUGUACUUCUUGCUUGGACUCGUGUACUCUACCGUCACCCCGAUACUUCUCCCGUUCAUCAUCGUCUUCUUUGCCUUUUCGUACCUGGUUUUCCGUCAUCAGAUCAUCAACGUGUACCACCAGAAGUACGAGAGUGCGGCAUCGUUUUGGCCCGAUGUUAAUCGGCGUAUCCUUAUCGGUUUGACAAUUUCACAGUUUACGUUGUUAGGAUUGCUGAGCACGAAAAACGCUACAAACUCGACACCGUUCCUUCUGGUGCUUCCCGUCUUAACCUUCUGGUUCCACCGGUUCUGCAAGAACCGGUUUGAAUCUGCAUUCCGGAAGUUCCCGUUACAGGAUGCAAUGAUCAAGGAUACGCUGGAAAGGGCGACAGAACCGCAUUUGGACUUGAAAUCGUAUCUCCAAGAUGCUUAUAUACAUCCGGUUUUCAAAGACGGAGAGAUCGAUACAUCGAUGGAUGUUUAUGAUGACGAUGAUUAUCCGGUAGUUGCUACAAGACGGAGUUCACGAAAAGGGAGUCAAGUUGGCACUCGAGAAGGUAGUCCUGAUGAACGGUCGGGUAUAUUGGCUGUUUAAGGAUUGUACAUUCGAACCAUGAUGCGGUUUCUUCGUGUUCUUUGCAAAAUUGUUUGAUGCUUUUCAUAGACGUUACUCGAUGCGGUUUCUGUAAUCGUUUGAUCGAUGACCGUGAAAGAAAAGUUACGUAUGUACCAACCAAAGAAUAUGUACAAUAACCGAUCAUUGGGACUUCAAACCGAUCAUUCUUUAUAUAAAAUUAUUCGAC